AACCGAUUGUCUUUCAUGUUUGACUUUCACGGCCCGAGUAUGUCGAUAGACGUGGCCUGUGCCGCAUCCAUGGUCGCACUCGAUCUGGCUGUGACCGAUAUGCGCCUGGGCAAAUGCGAUAACGCCAUAGUGGCCGGUGUCAGUGUUAAUCUACAGCCAUUUACUAAUCAUAUUUAUCAAGUAAAUGGCAUCGGCUCUAAAGAGGGUAUGUCACGCGUAUGGGACCAGGAUGCCAACGGUUACGUCCGAGGCGAAACAGUAGCCUCGCUAUUUUUACAAAAAGCACCCGGAGCCAAACGUAUAUACGCCACUGUAUUGCACGCGCGUACAAACAUUGACGGUUACAAAAUAUCCGGGAUGUUCUUCCCCUCAUCCGAGAGUCAAUACGACCUAAUGGUGACCACAUAUCGGGAGGCGGGAGUAGACCCACACGAUGUGAACUACUUUGAAGGUCACGGCACCGGCACUAAAGUGGGUGACCCUCAGGAGGCCAAAGCCAUUCUGGAGGCCUAUUGUAAGGAUAGGGCCACCACUUUGCCCGUGGGAUUGUUGAAGAGUAAUAUUGGCCAUGGUGAGGGUGCUUCCGGUGUGGCCUCCCUGGCCAAACUUAUGAUUGUUUAUGAGAAUAAACGUAUACCAGCCAAUAUAAAUAUGAAUACGCUCAAGUCCGAUAUUGCUACCAUGUGCCCGCCCCUCGUGCCAGUUACUAAGAAUCGCGACUACGAGCCCGGCAUAGCAGGUGUAAAUUCGUUCGGCAUCGGUGGUGUCAACUGUCACGCGCUAUUCAAACCGGUGGCCCGGGAGCCCACCAAAGAGGACCUAAACAUAUGCGACAAAAUACCCCGAUUGGUCACUGUGUGCGGACGCACUGAAGAGGCCAUUAAUCACAUUUACGAGUUCAUCGAGCGCAACCCUACUCGUACAACCAAGGACUUUUUGGCGUUACUAGGCGAAACUGUUAACCCUACCCAGGCCAUAUAUUCGACCGGUUUCCCAUACAGGGGCUCUAUGUUAAUCAAACAGGGCAAACAACAAGCUGGCCGGCAAUAUAGUCGACAAGUGACCAAACUCGAGAGUCAAAAGCAUCGGCCCAUUUGCUACUUUUUCUCCGGUAUGGGUAGUCAGUGGACAGGUAUGGCUAAGUCGCUGAUGGAUGUGCCCGUGUUUGCCGAGACCAUCCAUAUGGCCGCCGAUAUACUCAAACAAUUUUCAAUUGAUUUGUUAUAUGUAUUGUUGAGCGACGAUCCCCGGGCUCUGGACGAGAAGAUUCUGCAG